UUAAGUUUGGGAAAUGAAUUUUUUAUAGCCUCACAUCACAACAAAACCAUGGAAAUGAAGCCUUCAAAACUCCUACAAUUUACCCAAACUGAAAAGUUUAUUCCAUGGCCUUAAAUAUCAGUCCUGCUUCUCCUUGCCAAAUCUCUUCUUGCUCUUCUUCGUCUGCUAACAAUUCUCACUUCCUAAUACCAAAGCACAAGCAUCUGUUCAAGUUCUACUACUCUUCCUGUAGAAAAAUAUUUGCUAAAUCAGAAGGUGCUGAAAGUGGAAUAAAGGAACAAGACCUUCCUCCAUUUUCUGGGUCAUUAUCCUCCACUCGGACACAGCUAGACCUCUUGGAUCAACUUACAUCCAACUCCUCAUCAUCCCCUGAUACAGUCGGAUAUGAAAGUGAUGGCAGUUCUUACAAACUUACAAUAAGGCAGCAGCUUGCAAAAUUGGUAGGAGAAAGAGAUGAAGAUGAAGAAUUCAGCAUCCCAUUAGGUAAAAACCUGAAGAAGUUUAGUCCAAAGUUCUUAACAAUUUCACAGAAGAGAAACAUUAGAAGACAGGCUUACUUGGAUGAAGUUUCUCAAAGGAAUGAUUCAGUUUUUUUUGCUACUAUUGGAGCCUUUGUCAUCCUUCCACCUAUUGUAAUUUUAGGAAUUGCUAUCUUAACUGGUUAUGUGCAGCUUUUUCCAUGAUUUUGUGUUAUAUACUAAAGCAAUUGUUACAUAGAAAGUUUACUUCAUUACUCCA